UCUUGUGAGUGUGUGGGCACAGUGUAACUCGUAUCUAUGGCUGUAGUAUCUGUGUGGAUUACUGACGUGUGUGUCAGAGCUAUUAUAACGGUGCGCGCUCGCUUUUACGCGCGCAGUCCGAUGGCGUCGCCGCGCGCUCCUCUCGCCGCUCUCCGAUCAUCUUUCGCGAGCUUUCGGUUUAUGGAUGGAAAGGAUCACAUGUAGAAUCAGGACAUUUUUAGGAUCUGCUUCAGUUCAAGUGCUCGGGAAACUGUUCUUCUGUUUGAUCCGAGAGUAAGUUGGAUACAGGUGCGAUCUCACUGCAACUCCAGCGGAUGAUCGCGGACACGGAUCUGGAUUAAAGUAGAUCAUAUCCGAUCUAGCGCAAGAUGAAGUCUGCUGCGGCUGGUGAUGAAGCACUCUUCACUGAGAGCUACUGUAACAUCUGCAACGCUCAGCUGAUCUCGGAGUCUCAGCGUGUGGCACACUAUGAGAGCAAGAAACAUGCCAACAAAGUGCGUCUAUUCUACAUGCUCCACCCAGAAGAUGGAGGUCCACCAUCCAAAAGAUUAAGACCAGACAAUCCGGACAGUGCCGAGAACGAGGUUGACAGAAACAAAUGCUGUACACUCUGUAAUAUGUUCUUCACAUCUGCGAUUGUGGCUCAGUCGCACUACCAGGGCAAGACACACGCUAAAAGAGUUCGCUUGGUGUUGGGGGAGACUCCGAGUCUGCCGACACCCACAGAUUCGGCUCCGCCCACCCCUCAGCCCACAGAUCUGCCCCCUCCCUCGUGGCCCCCAAUGGCCAAUCACGGUGAAGCGGGCAAGUACUGUUGCCUAUGUGGCGCUUGGUUCAACAACCCGCUGAUGGCACAGCAACACUAUGAGGGCAAGAAGCACAAGAGAAAUGCGGCACGGGCACGACUACUGGAGCAGCUGGCCGGCAGCCUAGAUGCCAAUGAAAGCACAGGUCUGCGUCGGAGUUACUCGUGCAGCGUUUGUAAAGUGGUUCUGAACUCCAUCGAGCAGUAUCACGCACAUCUCCAGGGUUCCAAACACCAAAACAAUUUGAAACAGCAUCAACAAUGAAGAACUAGAAGCACUGCAGCUGAAACAGAGAGUGUUGUGCGAGUUUACGGAGCUGCGCGGACUAAUGGAAAACUCACCGCCGGAUCAUUCGAUCUCUGAGGUUCCUCAACAUUCAAAUGUGUUUUAUUUGUAUUCACAAUCAACAGCUAAAACACGGAUCUAUUUUGGGAAUAUCAUUGAUCGUUCCCCGAGCAAAAGGAUGUCUGUGGUGUUGAUGUAUGAAACUAAUGGAACACAACCAGCGAUCUUCGUGUAACGUUAGCACACCAGCCUGAAUCCACACGGAAUGUUCCAGCUACUUUUAUUUUUGCCUUUCAGAGUCUCUGUCGUCAAACGGGUCAUCGCUGCUUUGGUUGUUCACUUUGGCAUGCCGAUGACGGACAAAUAUCAAAUAUCAUCAACCUUUUUACAGUGACUUUGUUGCGGAGAGCUCUCACUUGUGCGUGAACGCUGCCAGUGAGGAGUCGAUUCAGCUGCCUUCGUGUGAAUUCUGUCUUGGCUGUUGUCGAGCGGCACAUUGUCUGCACCGUUUUCCCAGGCUGAACUCACUUCGUGUUUAUUCGCACCUCCGUGUCGUUUCUGCCAGAACAUUUCUGCAGUCUUAUGCUGCUUAAUCGUUGAUGUCAAAUGGAAUACACCAUUAAUAUAAAGGAGUCCAAAUGCAGCGUGUUGACAUUUAUCAACGUGACUCAAUCGUUGAUAACUGAUUCAGGCAUUGAGCUUCAUCCUAAUCUAUGCCAAAAUGACUGCCUGUAACACCCGAGCUCAGUGCCCGCUGUCUGAAGUAUGAAUGCUCUUUAUGUUUGCUUUCUUCUGAUGUGGCGUAGGAAUCGCAGUGUAUUUGUUGUUAUCUUAGAUUUUACGGUAGCUACUAAACUAAGACCUGGGGCCUCAUUUAUAAAUAUCUAUGAAUUGUUCCAAAAUCAACCCUUUCUAUGCGACAUGAUAUAAAGCACGUGCAAUAUGUUUUUACAUGUCAGCGUGUCGGUUGAAUGAAAAAGGCUGCAAUUAGGACCUACUUUUCAAUUCCAAUUUGUACCUAUAUGAACAUUUGAUUUAUGCCUUUAUUAAUCCCUUUACAAAUGUUUAGCACUUUUAACAUCAAAUCCAUGAAAUUUGGAAUAGAAAUUCAAUCCAUUCCAAGAAAUAUGCAUAGAAUCCUCUAUAUUUUCCCAACAUAAAUGACAAAAAACAAUUUUUAUAGAAGCAACCAUAUGUCAACUCUUCUGAAGCCAUAAGAUAGCUGUGAUGAACAGACCACAAUUUAAAUCACCAUGAAAUCAAAACUGACCAUUCUUAUUUUUUUAAAGUAAUAUUGAAGUGUUUCAUAUAAAUUAUUUAUUUUAUUUUUAAUUCAACCAAUGGUCAGGCUUUAUACUUUCAACAAUCCUGUAAAUUUUCUAAGCCCCGCCCUAUGUUUUUAUUUCAGAAACUAUUUUACUCAGAUAUACUGUACGUCACAAUACGAAAAACGUUUCAUGCCGAUUUUAAGUCAUUUGUAACAUAAAAUCUUCACACCGUUAAUGUUUACAUAAAUGACAUUGCAUGUGCAUUUUAUAAAUGAGGCCCUUGUUCUGAAAUUCUGUCAGAAUUUGUGACAUUUAUGCAAAACAGUAUCAUGGUAGCGACCAGGCCAGGUGUUUUAAAAUGGCAUGGUUGAAUAAUGCAAAAAACUAGUUUUUGUAAAUAAUCGAUACUGAAUAAUAUUGUUAGUAACACUCUUAAACUGCUCGUCCAGGAUUGUUAUUGUGGAGUAUUUACUUGAAGAUUUCUGUGUGCUGCUUGAACAAUAAGUGAUUGAUUUUGCUUUGACGAAAAACAUCUGUUGACGAGAGCACACACUAAUGAUGUCAGUGUUUUUAGUGCAAUGACGUCCUUUACAGAAGACGGUAUUUGUAUGACAGAAACAGACAGGAUUAUAGGGCUUGUCUUGCGGGUGUGACUUCCUAUCACUGCUUUGCUAGAAACGUCAGAAAGCUGUCAAGAAUCAAGGCAAUGGACAAAAAAAUUUAGUUCCAACACAAACAAGUGUGAUUCAUGAAGUGAUGCAGAUAUUUGAGAACUAACUCAGGCUGUUUCGAAGUGUCUGUUUGUAUCAGUUCUUGUUUCAAGCCUUUUACUGACCAUGUGAACUCAAUUAUCUGUCUUAUAAAAUGGAAUGCAGUUUCAACUACAAAUGGAUCAUGAAUAUUUUAUGGUUAUAUGCUGUGGGCUAAAAUAAUUUAUUUAUUAUAAGAAAAUAUAUAUUAAAUACAACAUAUGAAAGCAUUUGUAUAUAAAUCUAAGUUUUUUUUUUGUGAAUUUCCUGUGAAAUGGUGAACAAUGAAGUCUGUAUUGUGCAUUUGUAAAUACACUUGAUAAUAACUAUUUUCACUCUGAAAUUGUACAUGAGUCUUUGGGUAGUGAAUUUAUGACACAAUUGACAUUAAGGUCUGGAUUCAGCAAGAUCAAAAGGAAAGACGUUAUGCAUUUGUACUUCUGAAAUAUAUAAAAAAAUAUAUUUUGACAAACAGUUUUUCAACAUUUUUGAGCUUGAGAUGCAAAAAGGGCAACAGGUAUGUACUGUAUGGAUCUCAUCAACCUCACUUCAUUAUUUAUUCAAUUAUUUUUGUCUUUUAAA